ACACGCCUUUCAUUUCCAACAAACAGCCGGGGUUCGUGAUGAUGUCAAGCAGGAAGAGUAAUCCUGAACACAACAAAAUCUUCACAGUUUUCUAUCGGUAAAGGCUGAUGAUAUUUUCGUAGGAACCCAGACUUGCACGAAAAACAAUGGCGAAACCUCCCUUUCGACAGAAUCAGAACUGUGGAGACUGGGAGCUGAAAGAGAGGUUGGGCAUGGGAGGCUUUGCCCAUGUUUACCUCUAUCAACAUCAAGUUAAAUCAUAUUAAUGUCGUGACAGCCCGAGAUGUCCCAGAGGAGAUCAAGUGCAUAGCCUUAAAUGAUCUUCCUCUGCUGGCUAUGGAGUACUGCUACUGUGGAGACAUGAGGAAGGUGCUGAGUAAACCUGAGAACUGUUGUGGUUUGAAAGAAAGUGAAGUCCUGUCAUUACUCAGUGAUGUUGGAUCUGGUAUCCAGUACUUGCACGAGAACAAGAUAAUACAUAGAGACCUUAAACCUGAAAACAUAGUGCUUCAAGGAUAUAAUGGAAAGCUGGUGCACAAAAUCAUCGAUUUGGGCUACGCUAAAGACAUAGACCAGGGUAGUCUGUGUUUGUCCUUUGUUGGCACACUUGAGUACCUGGCACCUGAGCUUUUUGAGGCUAAGCCGUACACUGUCACUGUAGACUACUGGAGUUUUGGUACAAUGAUCUUUGAAUGUUGUUGUGGCUUUCGUCCAUUUCUGCACAACAUACAGCCUGUACAGUGGGCCAGUAAAGUGCAGAAUAAAGGACCAAAAGACAUUAUGGCUGAGGAAGAACCAAAUGGUGAAGUCAAGUUCUCCAAACAUCUUCCCUACCCCAACAAUCUCAGCAGGACACUCUUGGAACCAGUGGAAGCCCUGCUUCAGCUAAUGCUGAAAUGGGAUCCUGUUGAGAGAGGAGGCAAAGUCAACUCUGAGAAGAAGAAGCCUUUGUGCUUUGAAAUGUUGGAUCAGAUCCUCAGUAUGAAGGUUGUUCACAUCCUGAACAUGAACACAGCUCAAGUUCACUCCUUCCAGUUGACCCUCGAUGAGAGCCUCCACAGUCUGCAGAAGCACAUUGAGGCUGAGACCAAGAUAGAGGUCGUGAACCAGGAGCUGCUGCAGGAGACCGGUGUCUCACUGGACCCGAGAAAGCCUGCUGCUCAAUGUGUCCUUGAUGGAGUGAGAGGUUGGGAUAGCUACAUCGUGUAUUUGUUUGACAAGAGCAUCACCAUGUAUGCUGGAUCCUUUAUUGGCAGAGUGGUACCUGAUAAGGUCAGCACUAUUGUCCAAGAUCCGAAGACACAACUGCCGCUGGCUUUGCUGAAGAAGGUGUGGGGUGAAGCGUUGAGCUACAUCUGUGGCCUGAAGGAGGACUACUUCAGGCUUUACCAAGGCCAAAGAGCAGCUAUGUUGAGUCUGUUGCGCUACAAUACCAACCUGACCAGGUGUAAGAACAACAUGUUUGGCUUCUCUCAGCAGCUGAAAGCCAAGCUGGAUUUCUUCAAGAGUAGCAUCCAGUAUGACCUGGAAAAGUACAGUGACCAGAUGCACUAUGGGAUAUCCUCUGAAAAGAUGCUGAAAGCCUGGCAGGAGAACGAGGAGAGAGCUGCUGCUUUCGCUCAGGUGGCAGAGGUGAGCCACUUGGAAGAUGAGAUUGUGGCGCUGCACUCUGAGAUAGUGGAACUUCAAAGAAGCCCGUAUGCCCGUCGCCAAGUAGACAAGAUGGAGGAGCUAGAAGAAAAUGCUGUUGACCUCUACAAGCAGCUGAAGAUGAAAUGUAAAGUGCCUGAGAUGAAUGUAAACACUGACAGCUCCGAAAUGGUGAAAGCCAUCAUUAAGACGGUCCAGAACCAAGACAAGGUCCUCAAAGACCUGUACACCCACCUCAGUAAGAUUCUGAUCAGCAAACAGAAGAUCAUCGAUUUGUUUCCACGCAUUGAGAAAACCCUGGACAGCAUCAAGGAUGCUGACAACACAGUGAUGCAGAUGCAGAGCAAGAGACAGAGGGAGUUCUGGCAUUUACUGAAGAUCGCUUGUGCUCAGAACUCCUCAAGGAGCUCCAUAGCCACCAGCCCAGAGUCAGCCAACUUGCUGCAGGUUUCCCAGUGGUCCCAGUCAGCACAACCGGUCAGCUCCCCGCACCCUCUUACUUCUCUUCCCGGGCCAAAUGACAGUGAUGCUGCCCCACGCCUCCUGCAGGAGAACCAUAAGUACCUUAGUCAGCUGACCAGUCUAAUGCAGGAGACUGCUGACGAACAGGCCAAAAGCAUCGUGGAUCAAGACUGGAGUUGGACAAAAUAUGAAACUUUAUCCACAAAAUUUAAAAAGCAAAAUGCAUAAAAGCUGUUUAUGUCUUCUCUGCCUGCCUGCCAACAAACACUAAGGACUGUAUGCUGUUAAUACUGUGGAGGGUGUAAACUUUGUACAGUUGUACAUAGACUCUGGAUACUCUCUGUAAAUGGUUUUGUUAAAAAAAAAAUAAUUAAGCAUUCACACAUUUGUCUGAUAUAGUGGAAGGUUUUGACAUGAUUGUUUAUUUUAAUGGGGUUAAAAAAAGGCUCAAGAUGUUGCAACGACACUGAGAAGUGUAGAUAUUUCACUGUACUUCUAUCUGUUGUUCAUUAAAUUAAUCUUUUUUUUUUUUUUUUUUUGUAAAGUUAAUGUAGAAACAAGCAAACUGUAGCACCGGAGUGUGAAAGCCAGAAGGUUUUGGACCAUCAGCUUGAUGGUUUAUGGCCAAAACACAGGAGGUGGGUGGGGGUUGAGCAGGUGGAGGAGGAAAUAACGAACAAGCAAACGGCACUUUGAUACUCCAGAGAAUCUUUUCUGUGAAGAAUGAUUUUCCCGAAUAAAUCUCGUCAGAACUCUGUUUUACCAGGCUGCCAAAGUGUCGCUGGAUUUACAGCUCCGACGAGACGAAAACUGUGGACAUCCACAAUCAAGUACUUUUUUUUUUGACGUUGUGGGGAUUAAAUUGAGCGUUGCUUUCAUUUUUCUACAGGUGUUCUGUAUCAUAGGCAGAAAUCUGAUAGUAUUUGUGACAAAAGUGGCUGGCCAUUAUGUUGACACUGUACAUCGACAUUUUAAUUGUCACACUGAUGCAAUGGGUUUUUGUUUUUGUGCACAAACUCUUUCUCUGGAUGUUUUAUAUACAGAAGCUUAUUCCCAUGAAACAGAAUCAGGGUUUUUUUGUUGUUUUGUUUUGUUUUUUUAAUAGAUUGUAUUACAAAAACACUCCCAGGGUAACAAAUGGUUGAAUGUACUGCAGUUAAGUGAAUCCAUAUCACUGUAAAGGGUUUCUGUGAGUCAGAAUCAGUUACCUUCUGAGUUGUCUUUAUGAAGUUCAAGUGCAAUGGAGAAAAAAGUGUUUUGUAUUUAAGAACCAAUUUGUCAGUUUACUUUCCUUUUGAGUGUUUUGUUUCCAUCUGAUGCUUUAAAAACUUGUUUCUGAAUGUUUUAAUUUUCAGAAAUACUCUUGUGUAAUGAUCAAAUGUUUGCCUGGUGUUAAAAUAAAGAGGACUUUUGGCAUGA